UGCGCGCAUUUGCAAUGGCUGAAUUUAUAGAUAAUUUACCGGAUGAAGCAAAAUUCGUGGCAGAAAAAGGAAAAAUCAAAAGUGCCGAACAGGCCAUAUUGACACCAACCGCCCACUUGUUGUUACAGGAAAGUUCUCCACAUGAUAUUUAUGUGCUUAAGGCGUCCGCAGCUAAGGUGGUGGCCAAAGAAAGUAUCAAAGUUUCAGAUCUUCUUGAUCUUCCAUAUUGUAUGAAAUGGUCCCGGCUAAGUUUUGGUUGCGAUGCUUUGGACAAAUGUACUCGAGGUGGUAUUGUAACACGAGGCAUUACUGAAAUUUGUGGUGUUGCUGGAUCGGGUAAAACACAAUUACUGUUACAGUUAUCCCUGAUGGCACAGCUACCAAUGGAAUUCGGUGGACUGGGAGCUGGUGUUGCGUUUAUUUGCACUGAACAUACAUUUCCAUCGAAACGAUUAUAUGAACUUUCGAAAACCUUUACACACAAAUAUCCUUCGCUGAAUAUAAACUAUUUGGCGCAGGUUCAUGUCCAACAAAUACACAAUAGUGAACAAUUGCUGAAAUGUUGUAUCGAACAUUUACCGCCAUUAAUGGCUUCGGAACGUAUACGCCUUAUUAUAAUAGAUUCGGUGGCAGCUGUUUUUCGUACGUAUAGCGAUUUUAUACAACGUGCUCGCGAUAUGCGUAAAUUGGCAAAUUGUCUACUAAAUUUGGCCGAUAGAUAUAAUUGUGCUGUGAUUUGUGUUAAUCAGGUAACUAGUGUAAGUAAAAAACAACCAGAAGUACCAUGUUUGGGUCUAGCAUGGUCGCAUUUGGGUCGUACACGUUUACGCAUCUCAAAAGUACCCAAACAAAUCAAAUACGAUGACAAACUAUUAACCGUGCGCAAAUUAGAAAUUAUCUAUUCACCAGAAACACCAAUUGCCUAUGCUGAAUUUCUAAUAACAUCGCAGGGUUGUGUUAAUGUUCCCUAG